ACUCAUGCCUGCAUCUUUCCCCUCGGUCAAUUGCCGCUACAUUUCCCCUCCUACUAAUCUAAGAGCCUUUCUCUCAUUUCAGAUAUCUCUAAUACAACCUAAUCUCACCAAACCUCUCCCUCAAUCCCCAAAAAAAUGACCUUCCUCCUCACCCGUCCCUCCGCCGUCCUAGGCAUCGGCCUCGGCCUCUCCCUCUCCCUAAGCCCCCUCUCCCCCAUCCGCUCCACUCCAAUGCAAUGCCAAUACAACGCCCCUUACUCCCGACCCGACUCGCAAGCCUCCCCGGACUCAGGCUGGACCCUCGACCGCAACGACCCCGCGCUCCUGAAACAAGGCGCCACGAAACCCACUUCCGCGAGCAGGAUUCUGACGGCGUCGAAUAUGCGGCAGGUGAGCUUGGGGAGUGUUCUUGGAUUCGUUGUGGGAGUGGGAUUGAGGGCAUUCUCAAGGGUUUUGGUUGUGUUGUUGGGUAUGGGGGUUGUUUUUGUUGAGUGGGCUGCUGCGAAGGGGCAUAAUGUGCUUCCGGUGGAUCGGUUGCAGAGGUUUGUUAAGGGUGUUGAUUUGCAGAAGGCUGUGUCGCAGAAUAAGCCGUUUAAGAUUAGUUUUGGGGCGACCAUGGCGUUGGCGGCGUUUGCGCAGUUUUGAACUUGAGGUGUUUUUGGUUGGAGUUGGGGUGUGAUCGAAAAGGAUAGAUUGGUGGGGUGAUUGAUAGGCGGGGAUUGCACACUAUGUGUAUAUAUAUGUAACUGUAUACGGAGACA